AUGAGUGGGGAUCAGCUGGCGUCCAGGCAAGAAUUCUACCAAACCCGCCCCAUUCACCCACCCACCCCCAAACAGACUCCCACUUCCGCCGUUUUCCCGAGCCCCGUUUUCGAAACUCCCAAGCAGUCCCAGGGUCACUUUGACGACGCUGGCGGUUGGACGCCUCGCUUUGCAGAAGAAUACUCCGUCUUCAACACAACCCCAGGCAACCUUCGAGGCUCUCAGGGUACAUUCCCCGAUUUUGCCACAGGUGCUACUCCAUACCCUGCUUCGGCAAGCCUCAAGAGGCCUCUGUCCGCCGAGAGCCUUGCCGCUCAGAUAGCAACACAUGCCAACCACUUCUCUCCCAAUACGAACCUACCUCUACCCCCGGUUGCCGCAGCUCGACGACUGCCCUCUUCUCCCAAGCCCCCGAUCGAGCAAGCAGACUUUUCCAGUCAGGAAGGCGGUUCGGCCAGUCCAGAGGUGGCGUCACAAGACAACAUAGUAAAAAGUUCACAAGGCAGGGAGAGCGUGGCGGAUCUGAACGGGCAAACGGCAACUCCUCCCCCAUCUUCCCACAAGGGUGGCCGGAAGCUUGCUCCUAAGCUACAGGGCGACAACAUGCAGAAUGAUCAUGGCUACGGCCAGCCUGACUUUUCUGGAAACCCACAACAUCCCAAUAUGGCGGCCUUUGUAACUGCCACCGACAUGUUCGGAUAUCCCAUGUCGGCUCCGGCAAACGCUGGCGCAAGCUUUUGGGAUCCGAGUGCCGAAAUGUCAGGCAUGGAAAUCGACUUCUCCUUUGGUCCCAAUGUCUUUCAAACCUCGGGACAUCGCCACAUGCCUUCCUUUGACGCCUCCCAAAUGUUUCAAGAGUCUGCCGCCCUGCCGCCGUCAGGUAGUCAAGAGACUGCCCAACCCAUCAAGCGGAUUCGACCCCUGGCCCCCAAACCUGUCAUGAAUAAUGUCCAAUCCAGCUCGGCAGAUAUCUCCAUGGUCUCAAAUUCGUUCUCAACAUCAAUGGAGGAUCCGUUUGGUAUUAUGAGUCCCGGCGGAGUCGAUCCCGGUGUCUUGUUCGGUCGACCAUUGUCAUCAAACAUGGGUGCACACAUCCCCGUCACACAAGGUUCGGCACAGUUCGCCCUUGCAGCGGCAGCAGAAUCACAAUCGAGAGCGCCUAUGCACGGCGAUAUCCGCCGCUCCCUCAGUACCAAGGAGCUGGGUCAAGGAAGGGCAUUGAAUUCUCCGGCCAAAUCGAAUGGGCGGCUCAACGGACUGCAACGAAGUGCCAGUGAAAAUCGUGGAAGACGCGGACUGGCAAAGCCAUCAUUGCCAAAACUCGCUCCAGCCAUACAGCCGAGGCCUCAGGUGGCCAAUGGUCCAGUAGCUGGCCCAAGCAGGCCACCGAGUCGCCCGUCUGGCAGAGUAUCGCCCCUGAAACAGCAGCACUCUCGCCUCUCCAGCUUGACGUCGAUACCCGAGUCGGCACCUCCGCGGCCUCGCACGGCUGUGAAGUUUACUAUCGACUCGAGAGGCAGGGCGCGGGCCGAGACUACUAUGGUGAUGGAUGAGCCGCGACCUGAGGAGGCACGGAGACUACCGGUGACACGGGAACUGCCGCGCAGGGAGAAGAGUUGGGAAUCCGAGGACGACUCUUCGACAGAUGACGAGCCAAUCAUCAUCCCUAGCCGAAAUACCUCAUUCGCAUUACCAGAUCCCCGUCGGCCGUCGUCAGCUUCCAUGUUCCAUUCGUCUCGAAGGAGCGUCAGUGAACACAGCUCGAGCAGCUUGGGAGCGUCGGUUUCGCAGCACGAGGCUGAGAGCGAAGCGGAAACCGUGAUGAACGGGGCACAGGGCAAAGGGGGUGAUGCAGCAAGCGAGCUGCGCAAGCUCGUUGAGAGUCGACAAAAGCGCGGUCCCCAGGCACUUGGCAGUCAACGAUCACAGCGAUUUGCGUCGGGCAGUUUCCAGGAUCACCUUGGGGGUAUGAUGUCGCCCACGGGUUUCACUGAAGCCAGCCUACCCUCGCCGACGAAAGCGACGUACAACGUUCGAUGCGUCUGCAGGAACGGCGCGGAUAGGCAAGGAGAUUACAUGGUCCAAUGUGAGUCCUGCGAAAUGUGGCUCCAUGGAUCGUGCAUCAACAUAUCCAAGCGGACACUUCCAUCUGUGUACAUAUGUGCUUUCUGUUCAAACACACCCAACAUGCGAGGCGGUCGGCUCCGGGGAAAUGGCCCAGCGCUGGGACCACCCGGGGCGAGCCCGCUAGCCCGCAAAUCAUUCAGGUAA